GGAGCCUGGAACCAGUACCCGGCUCCUAGGCUAGGACUCCAGAAGGCUCCCCUUCCCUGGAUGCUGGGCUGUGGGAUCCAUCCAGACUAAGUCGUGGGGAUCCAGGCAACCUGAAACCUCCCUUUGCAGCUCCUCUGAUCUCCUCACCGGGCCUGGUGAAAGAUGGUCCCGUUGGCCACUAACAUCCUUCUACUGCUCCUGCCCCUCCUGAGGGCCCCACCCAACACUGCCCACUCAGUGCUGGUCCAGGCUGCCCUCCUGGAGGACAAUGGGGGCAGCGGAGAGAUGGAGGGCUCUUCAGCUUCCUCCCCCAGCCUCUCCCCGCCCCGGACCCCGGCCCUCAGUCCCACCUCAGUGGGGCCUCAACCCACCCCUUUGGCAGGUCCCUCGCCUCCAACCAACUUCCUGGAUGGGAUCGUGGAUUUCUUCCGGGAGUACAUGCUGCUCAUCGCCGUGGUGGGGUCGUUGGUCUUCCUUCUUCUCUUCAUCGUCUGCGCUGCUGUCAUCGUCCAACAGAAGCACAAGGCCUCGGCCUACUACCCAUCCUCCUUCCCCAAGAAGAAGUACGUGGACCAGAGUGAUAGGACCGGAGGCACUCGGGCCUUCAGUGAGGUUCCUGACAAGGCUCCGGAUGCCCAUCCAGAAGACCCAGCCAUGGACUCCUCCCACCAGCUCCAGGCUGACAUACUGGCCGCUACUCAGAAUCUCAAGUCUCCAACCAAGGGGCCCCUGGCCAAUGGAGAUGGAGUCAAAAUGGAGGAGAAGGAGGGAAGGAAGAAGGAUGAGGAGGCUGAGAAGGCUAAGGAGGAAUCCCAAGGUCAAGGUAGUCCCAAAGAGAUACCCAAGGCUCCCUUGGGAGAGGCUGCAGAGCUGAGUUGUGCCUCGGGGGCUGAGGCCAGAGCAGAGGAGCCACCCGCAAUUGGAACUGACCAUGGUGAGCAGGAGGGCACUCCCUCAUUGCUGCAAGAAGCUAGGGAAUCUGCCAGUCUCUCUGACCCCGAGGGUCCUUGUGCAUGCAGCGGUCUCUCUCCAGCAGUGGAACAAGCUGAUUGCCUUCAAUGAACCAAGGCCACUUGCUCUUCCAGACUGAAGCACAGUUCUGUCAACCAGCUGGCCUCCAGAGACUCACUUAUUCUCCCCUGGCCAGCUAGACCCAGGCAGAAGGGUUGGCUCGGUGGGUCUGCCUAGGGCUGAUCGGACAUGGACGUGUUGCCUGUGCUCUCAGAUGACCUGGUCACAUCGGACUGUUCCCCUAGAGCCUUGAACAUCCAACCCAAACUAUCCAGGCCUGGCUGGCUGGGGGCCCAGCUCUCUCCACUCUACUUCCAACCAAGCAGCCCCCAGAAAUCUCAGGACUUUUUCUCCUCUGGCUUACUCAGACACCCACCCAGAGCCAGACUGUGCUGAGUCAGAGUCCCCUGAUGAUAUAAAGGUCCAACCUCUUUUCUAAAGACUCUUUCUACUUUAGCUAAACCCAUAUAGGUAACUUGCUACAGGCCUUGAUCACUUAACUUGAGGGCUAGAUCUUCCUGCGGGGGGCGGGGGGGACAGUGCAUAAGAAAUAGGGAACAAAGUGGAGUGAUUUUUUUUCUGCUGGCCCCAUCCUUUGUUCUUCCUCCAAAUACCAGCCAAGCAGCCCCUGGCACUGCCACAAGGGGCUAGAAACUUUGUUCUGUUAUGAACCAAGAGGACUUUCUGUUGCUUUUCUUGAAGGGAGGGGAAGACAGGAGGAUACCAGCUCUGUUGGAUUUAGGGAUUCCUUCAUUUCCCCGUAGGGUUCCAGUCUGGAGGAAGUAGGACCAUACCCUGAACUUGGAGGACCUCUAGAGAGAGAAGAGAGAUAGGGGUCUGUGGCUCAGGAAACCACCUGAGGGAGGGCCUGGGGGCAGCUGGAACUGGGUGCCCAGACUCAAGCCAUGGAAUGGGCUUUAGUGACCUUCCCCUUCUCCUUCCUCCCCCCCUACCCCCACCAAAGAUAUGGCUGGUCUGGCCAGUUAAAGAAUAGAGUAUGACUUGACGGGGAGCAUCUCCUCCGUUUAAAUUCAAGAAGGCAGAGCCAAGGGUCUCUUUCCUCCUUUUCCAACCAAUCCCAUUUUGUCCUGUAGGUUUUGAGAGUC